AUGCGCCUCCCGUACAAUGCCAUCCUUGGGUAUCUGGCCCUCGCCAAGUACAUGGCAGUGACUCACCAUGGCUACAAUGUCCUCAAAAUGCCAGGAAGCGGCGGCAUCAUAACGGUCGCCUGCGAUGAGAAGGAUGCGGUGUGCUCCCUCGAGCGCGCCUACCAGGCCGCAGCGGUCAAAAACCCAGAUGACGAGGGUGACAUCCGUCCUCCUGAGGCCGCCCCCAAGAGAAGAAGCAACUCCUUCUCAGAGGCCCUCAGGAGGCUAGGGCGUCCGACGAUUGCGCCUCAGGACCCGCGCCCACUGCCGGGGCGCCUUUCCCUCUCGCAUAGGAAGGCGCGCCUGGCGCCACUCUCAGGACUGGCUCGGGGGCUCUCAUCUGGAAGGUCGCUGACAUGA